AUGGGAUGUUUACAGUCGAAUAGACGAUGCUUUUAUAAAGAAAAUCCCGCUGUAUUCCUGGACAUAAAGCCGACCGCGGAAAACAGGCCGGAAAUCACCGAGGAGCAUAUACGAAUUAUACGCGAAACAUGGAACAUUAUCAGACUUGAUAUUGCUAGAGUGGGCGUCGUAUUGUUUAUGAGGUUAUUUGAAAAGUACCCGGAUGUUCAACAGCUCUUCGUUCAUUUCCGUGGUCUUUCGUCGGACGAGUUACGAAACAACAUAAAACUACGGGAUCACGGCUUACGUGUAUUGAACACUUUGGAGAAAUGCAUUUCUCGUGUGGAUGAGCCGGAAAGACUAGAAAAACUGCUGUUUGACCUCGGGCAAAAACACAGCAUGUAUAACAUAAAAGUGGAAUAUUUGUAUUUGUUGGUGCCUCAGAUGCAGCAGGCCCUGAUGCCGGUGCUGGAAGACCGAUGGACGUACCUGGUAGAGAGUUCUUGGUCCGCCUUCCUUAGAUACAUAAUCCACAUCAUGGCGGAAGCCAUGAAUCUUUAG